UGCAUUUUUUGAGAGUAUUGUAGGUGUUGGAACCUUUAUAGGAGGGUGUGGUUUAGAAGAAUACAUUCUGCCAUUAAUGAUUCAAUCAUUGUCUGACACUGAAGAAUUUGUUGUAGAAAAAGUUCUUAAUUCACUCACAAGUCUUGCUGAAUUAAGAUUAUUUCAAAAAAUGAAAUUAUGGGAUUUGGUAGCAAUUGUUGCACCUUUAUUAUGUCAUCCUGGGAUUUGGAUUAGAUAUGGUGCUAUUGGUUUUAUUGCGUCUGUGGCUAAACUUUUACCACAAACUGAUAUUUGGUGCAUAAUAUAUCCAAUAAUAAGACAAUUUUUACAGGCUGAUAUUGUUGAAAUAACAGAAAUGCAUUUAUUGGAAAAUGUUAAAAAACCAGAUAAAUACUGA